AUGCAGACUAAUAGAAUUGGUUAUAAGAGGAGAUGGAUUUCUGCAGCUCGUGCAUUGUCUAGGAACAUAAGCACUAGUACAUGUGCCCCAAACCAAGAUGAAUUCCCAAAAGAACCCUCUGUUGACCAUGGUAAUGCAAGCCCUUUAGAACACUCUGACAUUGAAGACUUUGAAUUGGUCGCACCAUCCCCAAAGCGAUUAAAUAAUUCCAACAAUAAUUGUCCUAACAUUGAUCACAUACAUUCUUUGGAGGGAAAUUGUUCUACUUCAUCAUCUGACUCUGAAAGCUGUGGAUCUGAUGAAAAGUUAAGAGUAGAUUUGGCAGAGUGGGUGAAUGCCUAUCAAAUCAAACAUAAUGCUGCUGACAGGCUUCUUAAAAUACUUAAGGAGUCUGGUCAUCACAAUUUGCCUGGGUCAACUAGAUCUUUAACUAAAACUGCUAGGCAUGUGCCCUUAACUCAAAAAUCUGGCAUGGAUUAUGUAUAUUUUCCUGUUAAAGAAGAGCUGAUGAAACAGUUCUUGCGUUACCCAAAAACAAUGACUGAUAAUGUGACCAUUCUGGAGAUCUCACUUAACAUAGAUGGUCUGCCAUUGUUUAAGAGCUCCAGCAAGACUCUUUGGCCAAUUCUAUGUGGAAUCAUGAAUGUUGAGCCUGUUGCUGUCUUUCCUGUUGCCCUGACUUAUGGUACAUCUAAACCAACUGAUUUAGAAUGUUUGCAAGAUACGAUAGAUGAUUUAAACCUUCUUCUAGAGCACGGCCUUGUAAUUGGCGAAAGAGUUAUACCAAUUUCUUUCAGAUGUGUUAUGUGUGAUGCACCUGCUAAGGCACUAGUGAAAGGAACGAAAUUAUAUUCUGGGUAUUUUGGAUGCGAUAAAUGUGCCCAGAAAGGACAAUGGUUUGGUAGAAUGACUUAUCCGGAUACCAGAAAUCUUGAACUGAGAACAGACGUAUCUUUUCGCAACCACUCGAAUAGUCCCCACCACAAGGCCGAGUCACCAUUUUGCCAGAUGCCGAUAGAUAUGGUUGACAUGUUUCCAAUUGAUUAUAUGCAUCAGCUAUGUCUUGGAGUAAUGAAGAAGUUAUUACUGAUUUGGAUUAGGGGAAAUAGGGAUGUGAAAAUUUCUGCCGGCCAAGUUGAAGAAAUAAGUGAAAGGUUAAUUCACCUUAAGCCAACUAUUCCCAGUUGUUUUGCCCGGAAGCCACGUAGUUUAAGUGAG